AAUAUGGGGGGUGUAAGCACGGAAUAGAUAAAUAAGGUUGGAAUGGUAAUGUGGGCGGGGCGAGCGCGCCACAAUUAUGAUUCGAAAAUCAUAACUCGACCGAUUCAUUCAUUCACCGCGUUUGUUGCGCUUCGGGCUACUUCGUAGAACAGAGCUCUGCUUUAAAAUGCCGUGUUGUGCAAUUAUAACUUGUAAAACAAAAAGUCAAACCGCAAGUAUAGAGCGAGGAGGUAUAUCUUUCCAUCGGUUUCCUAAAGAGCCUAACGCCCGAGAACAAUGGAUUGACGUGACAGGUAGAGGAAACUGGAUGCCGACAAAGACGAGUACUAUUUGCUCUAAACAUUUUACUGAAAAUGAUUUUAUCAUUAAAAAAUCAGGUUAUAGGUACCUAAAACCAGGGACGAUCCCAAGAGAACAAAUUGUUCAGAUUUGUUCAAGUUCUUUGACAACUAAUUCUUGCAAUGCUAUAAUUAAUAAGCCCAGUUACGUUGCUAUUUCCGCCAGUGUGCAAAAUUGCGAAGGCACUCAGGAUUUACAAGCACAGGCUUCAUCUUCAACUUUGUUGACGUUGACACCAAAAAGAGAUAAAAAUUUAAAAAGAAAAUACACUGAAGUCAGUUUCAGCUUGUAUUGA